GUCUUGUCAGAGCCUCCUCGUCGUGGGCGUAAAAGCCGCCGCCUCCAACCCUUGUAAAAGUUUCUUGGAUAGUCCGUAGCCGCUUGCCCUGUUCGCAUCUUCGCGCGUGGCGCACACCGCUCCAGCUCUCCUUCGACGGGCACGGCCGAGCCGCCUUCGUCUUGGCCGCAGCGGUGCGCGCUCUCCAUGGCGUCCUAAUUAGCCUAGCCGCAACGCCGCGCCCGUGCCUGCGGCAUGGAUGAACCCCUUCUUGGCAAUGGUCUUAAGACCAGCGGGAAAAGAGAGAGCCUGGUAGUGGCCGAGGUCAGAAAACAGAUGUACCUUGCUGGGCCACUCAUCGCUGCAUGGAUCCUACAGAACAUUGUCCAGAUGAUAUCUAUCAUGUUUGUCGGUCACCUUGGUGAGCUUGCCCUCUCCAGUGCCUCCAUCGCCACCUCCUUUGCAGGCGUUACUGGCUUCAGCUUAUUGUCUGGCAUGGCGAGCAGCUUGGACACACUGUGUGGGCAAUCGUUCGGGGCAAAGCAGUACUAUCUUCUUGGCAUCUACAAGCAGAGGGCAAUCCUUGUGCUCACUCUAGUCAGCCUUGUGGUUGCGAUUAUCUGGUCAUACACUGGACAGAUCCUUCUACUCUUUGGUCAGGAUCCAGAGAUUGCAGCUGGGGCAGGGAGCUAUAUCCGGUGGAUGAUUCCUGCGCUAUUUGUGUAUGGUCCACUACAGUGCCAUGUCCGGUUUCUGCAAACGCAGAACAUAGUCCUCCCAGUGAUGCUGAGCUCAGGUGCCACAGCACUGAACCAUCUGCUGGUGUGCUGGCUGCUGGUGUACAAGAUUGGUAUGGGCAACAAGGGUGCUGCCUUGGCCAAUGCCAUCUCAUACUUUACCAAUGUAUCAAUCCUGGCAAUUUACGUCAGGCUUGCACCAGCCUGUAGAAACACCUGGAGAGGGUUCUCAAAGGAGGCUUUUCAUGACAUAACCAGCUUCUUGAGGCUUGGUAUUCCAUCUGCGCUGAUGGUUUGCUUGGAGUGGUGGUCAUUUGAGCUCCUGGUACUUCUUUCUGGACUUCUCCCCAAUCCAAAGCUUGAGACAUCGGUUUUGUCCAUUUCCUUAAACACAGGCUCUUUAGCGUUUAUGAUCCCUUUUGGGCUUAGCGCAGCCAUAAGCACCCGUGUUUCAAAUGAACUUGGUGCUGGGCGACCCCAUGCUGCCCAUCUGGCUACCCGUGUGGUCAUGGUGCUGGCCAUCGUGGUUGGCGUAUUAAUCGGACUAGCUAUGAUUUUGGUGCGCAAUAUCUGGGGGUAUGCAUACAGUAAUGAGAAGGAGGUGGUCAAAUACAUCUCCAAAAUGAUGCCGAUCCUAGCCGUGUCAUUCUUGUUCGAUUGCGUGCAGUGUGUUCUUUCAGGUGUUGCUAGGGGCUGUGGAUGGCAAAAGAUUGGGGCUUGUGUUAAUCUUGGUGCAUACUACCUUAUAGGAAUUCCAGCUGCCUUCUGUUUCGCCUUUAUGUACCAUCUAGGUGGAAUGGGACUUUGGUUGGGAAUAAUCUGCGCACUCGUCAUACAGAUGCUAUUGCUUCUCACAAUUACCUUGUGCAGCAACUGGGAGAAAGAAGCUUUGAAGGCAAAGGACAGAGUAUUUAGUACAUCCGUACCAGCUGACAUGAUGACAUGAUAUUUCUGAAGAUAUUUUUUUGAAGGAAAUGCCCAUGAAACUUUGCCAAGGAACAUACUAAGAAUUGGUUGUUCAGAUUCAAGGCCUUUCUCCAUGCCAUCAGAAUGAUGCUUGGGUCUAGUAAUAGCUCCUGAGCAGUCUGUUUUUUACUUUUGGUCAAUACUCAAUACAUGGAAGAUGUUUGGUUUGAAGAACCACGCCAUCCUAGAUGAGGUGGUAUAUUAUAAGUUGAUAUAACGGCUCCAUACUAGUUAUUGAGGAAUGAGACGAUGAUUAUCUCAUGUAAUAAUAAUGCUUUUCCCCCUCUAGUUAUUGAUGUAAGACAAUUGAGGCAAAUGAACAAAAUGUCACAUUUGAUUAAAUAAGUUGCAUUGUCUAUUUGUGCAGUUGUUUGGGAAAUAAUUAAAUUGUAAUUUUAUAGUUUUUAAGGAGCUAAGAUUCAGUA